UGAAGUUUAAGCCUUUCUUCUUUGUACCAUAUCAUAUAACGAGCCUUACAGUUCACCUCGCAUUGAAUGAAAUGGCGAACAUUGGAGUUUUACUUUACGAGUUUUAUGUUGCUGUCAUUUUCAUUUUUUGGAACUUUGACAAAGCUCUAACAGCAGUGAUCCAAACACAGCAGACUGUGCUGGCAGCAGUGGGAGAAGAUGCUGAAUUCAGCUGUCAGCUCUUGGAGACUAAAGACGUUGUUCAGGUCACAUGGCAGAAAGUCUCACAUGAUGUGGAGACAAAUGUCGCCACCUACAACAAGUACUUUGGUCAGAGAGUGAAUGAUGGCUUUACAGAGAAAUUUAAGUUUAAACAUACUGAACUACAAAACUGCUCCAUAGUCAUCAGGAAUGUCACAGAGCAGGAUGAAGGCUGCUAUCACUGUCUGUUUAACACUUAUCCUGAAGGCUCUCUGAUAGGUAGACCCUGCCUCCAAGUCUAUGAGCUGCAUGAACCUGUUGUUGAUGUCAGAGAGUCAAACUCUACUGAAGAGUGGGUUGUUUCCUGUUCAGCCACUGGUCGACCUGCUCCCACUGUAACACUCAGUGUCUCACAACAAGACCUCAGCUUCUCACAGUACAACACUGUCAGUGUGUCCAACACCAACGCUACAUUCACUGUCACCACUACAGCUGUGCUCUCAGGUUCACGUAACAACAGCACACAGGUGGGAUGUGCAGCACGAGUGCUCUCUGCUCCUCACAGAGAGGUGAUGGAGACGAUUCCUGAGGUCCAGGAGGAGUAUGAUGAUGAUGAUGAUUAUGAUGAUGGUCUGAAUGAUGGAUCCUAUCACAGAAAUUUUGGAAGGAUUUUAGUGAUUCUAUCCUCUGUGUUGUUGUUGUUGUUGGCCUGUUUUACUACACUCAUCUUUGUCUGGCCUAAAAAGAAAUCUCAGAGCAGGAACCAAAACACUUUUAGUCAGAUGAGGUGACAAUCUGCUCAGAAAACACAAACAUCCUGAGGGAGACCAUCCAGGGCUCACGUCUUUAUCAGGAUGAAGAUCUGAUCUUGACCAUUGUUGAUUUCUCUUUAAUGAAGUGUGGCAUUUCUGAACAAAAUGGUGCUAGAGUUUGACAAACACAAAACACAAAAACCUGUUCCACUGAAGCAUUCAAGAAGCUUUCCUGGUGUUCAUGCUGCAACUAUUAUGUUUGUGCUAAAUUUUACUACAUUUUUUAAAGGUUUUUUUUAUACAUAAAUUAUUAAGGAAAAGGAAACGUUGGUGAUAAAAAAGGAUUUUUAUUUUUUUUUUUUAUUUUUUUGGUGGAUAUUAUUACACUUAAUUACUUCAAAUGAAAACUUUGAAAAUCAACAGGAGUGAUCAACAUAAAAUUUUCACUUUAGUCAUUUUUGCUCCCAUUGCUGAAAUUGAAGUUCUCUGUUUGUUGUGAAAUUUUACAGAUUUUUACAAUUCAGUUUGUCAGCAUCUAUACAAAAAUAUAGCGCAUACAUAUGGUUAAAGUUUUCACUUAACCCAGGAAUGUUGGUUCUAUCUAGUUCCAUUAAAAAUCCAUUAAACCAUCAAAUAUUGUUAGCAUUAUUUUUUAUUCAUAUUUGAUUUGAUAAACACACAAACAACACUGCACUGCUUAUGAAAAAUAUUUAUUUUUUGCUAAAAUGCUAUAGAAUUAAUGUAAUCGGAUGUAUACUCCAACGUGUACAUGAAGUUAUAACAAACUGAAAGCACUUUGUGAGGUUGUUCGUUUUUGGUGAAUACAGGGGAAGUGGGAACCCAUCUUUCUUUCUUCCUUCA